GAAAGCAGCCCAGUUUAAGUACGCGCAAACUGACAGAUUUUCCCGCGUACAAUCUCGUGUGUAUGAACGAUUCACAUUAUUGUAUAACAAAAUAUUAGUUUAAUGCAGCUUCAGAAUGAGUUUAACGCGCUCCAUUGUGGAACGUGAGAAAGGAUUGGCAUCGAUUCGUGAUUACGAUAUUGCUCUGUAUCGUUUAAAGUGUUAUCAAGAUGACGUCUACCGUGGUAUAACGCCAAACAUAAAUGCGCUCGAUUUUAAUCCAGAACCACCAGUUUUUGCGUGUCGAUUUUGUAUUACACAAGGGUAUGAACAGAUAAUUGCUUUAGCAAAUGAAGAUGGGAAAAUUGCUCUGCAAGAUACAAGUAUUAAAGAGGUAUCCAAUCAACCAUUGGAAGGAACUCAGGCACAUUGCAAUGCGAUAUUUGAUGUUGCUUGGAUGCCUGGUGAUUUAAAAUUGGUUACAGCAUCUGGAGAUCACACUGCUAGAUUAUGGGAUGUAUCUGGUUCUCAAAUAAAACAAAUUGAUUAUUUUCAUGCUCAUACAAGAUGCGUUAAAACUGCAGUAUUUCGUUAUCAAGAUCAAGCUGUGUUUGCAACUGGAGCUAGAGAUGGUUCUAUAAUGGUAUGGGAUAUCAGAGCCAACCAUUGCGAACAUCGUAAACCAGAUAAUUGUAUUUCAAACGCCCAUAAUGUUGGAAACACAGGCAAUACGCGACAACGUAGAGUAGUUAGCCAUGCAUCAAGGGCACAAAGUAUUACUAGUUUGGCAUUUCAAGAUGAUGUCACCUUACUGUCGUGUGCAGCUGGUGAUGGUUUAAUAAAAGUGUGGGACUUGCGUAAGAAUUAUACUGUACACAAAAAGGAACCUGUAGCUAAACAUACAAUGAACUAUACUGGACAUAGUACCAGAAAUGGAUUUUCGUCACUGUUAAUUUGUCCUGCCAGAAUUACAUUGUAUGCAAGUUGUAUGGAUAACAUUAUAUAUGCAUAUAAUAUAUCGUCAUAUAAUCCUAAACCCAUUGCAGAAUUUUAUGGACAUCAAAAUUGUACAUAUUACGUCAAGACUUGUUUAAGUCCUGAUGGACGUUAUUUAGCUAGUGGUUCUAGUGAUGAACUUGCAUAUAUUUGGCAUACCAAUAAACCAGGAGCGCCAAUAGUGCAACUUUCUGGACAUACGGAAGAAGUUACUUGCAUUGCAUGGUGUAGUGUUGGAGAGACUAAGAUAGUAACGUGUUCCGAUGAUUCGUGCCAUAGAAUUUGGAGGGUAGGUAAUGAACAUAAAAUAGACAACGAGGAAGUACAAAUACGUGGACAUGCGGAAGUUGUACUUAAUAAAAACCCGUUAGAAAAUUUGAAAUUAGAAACUACACCAACUGUAACUCGACGCUGGGUUGUAUCUCAGGAACAUACACCGGGAACAGGUUCUGAUACCACACCAAAUGCUACAUCUAGACCCAAUUCAUUGGAUUCUUAUAAGCGAUCUGAAGAUACUCAUAGUCAGUAUAACUUGAGCAGUUCACUGAAAAGAAGUUAUUGUCAAAUGAUGGGAUCAUGGUCUGAUGGGAAAUUUAAGUCUGUUUUGUCACCUAUACGAGAGAAUCGUGAAUUUAUCGCGAAACGGGUUCACCUUGAAAAUCGUGGCGCGCGAAGGUUAUUUAGCCCAAGUAAUGAUAAUACUUCAUUCUUAAAUAGAGGCUACGAAUCAGAUGAACCAAGCACAAGUUCAAUCACUACAGAAAACAAAAGUAGCGCAAUUCUCUUCUCGCCUACAUUAAAUCUGCCAAAUUUUGUGAUCGACGGUACAGCGCCACAUUUACUUCAAUUAUCUCCGGAAAAGUACAAAGAAAAUAUUGAUUGGUUAACAAGAAUACGAAGAGAAAAGUAUGAACGAAAGGGAGAGAAAACAGUUGCAGAAAAAUUAUCUAGCCCUGGUUCUCAUCCAACACCCGUUAGAAGACAUAGCAGAUCACGAUCAACAGAACCACAGAAAGUAUCUAAAACAUCUAAAAGUUCAGCUCCCUCUCUAUUAGACUUCUUUAAACUUACAAAGGAUUGUGAAACUAAUGUGUGUUGUGACGAUACUAAUGUAAUACCUUCUACAAAAUCUUAGAAGUAGCGAUGCACGUUGCAUCUAACCGAAUUGUACACACAUUGUUAGAAACGCAUAUUUUAUAAAGUAGUACAGGAUUACAUUCGAAGCGAUGAUCAUUGAACGAGAGAUGAAUUUCAACGUGCGCUUUAUAUUGUUUAUUGUAUGGUACCUUAUACAAAAUCAAAAUUUAAAGCAUCUAAAAUGAAUUCCAUAAUGUAAGGUAAGUGGUAUUCAACAUAACCAUGAGUAUUAUAAAGUAUGUAAAAAUAGAGUAUAUACUCAACUGUCAUGUAUUGAUGACGAUAGUAUAAUGUACCUUUUGUAUGCAAUAAUAAAUUAUUUUUAUAA